AUGGACAAGCUCCGCGUCCACCGCUGCACUGGCGGCGCGGUCGAGUGGUCCCCCUCCCCCAUCGUCGCGCUCGCCGCCUCUCCUUGCGCCUCCCAGGUCGCCGCUGCGCGUGAAGACGGCUCACUCGAGCUCUGGCUCGUCUCCCCGGGCUCCGUCGGCUGGCACAACCAGCUCACUAUACAGGGGAACGCCGAGUCGAGGGUCACAUCACUGGUGUGGGGGCGGAGAGGAGAUGGAACGACCGGCCGGCUGCUCUCGUCCAGCGUUGAUGGGUCGGUGUCGGAAUGGGAUCUCUUCCACCUUCAACAAAAGACUGUUCUAGAUACUGUUGGAGUUCCAAUCUGGCAAAUGGCCAUCGAGCCUUCAGAUGAUGCUAAAAAUACUGAAAAUAAUACUUCAGAGUUUGCUGUCGAUGGCCAUCCAAACCAAAAUGACUCCAGUGAUUCUGACUUAAGUAACAUUGAUGAUGGUGACAACUCUGAGGAUGAAGAUGGUUCUACCAACACGAGAUCUUCAUAUCAUGUGAAUGAUUUCCAGCGACUGGCUCUUGCGUGUGAUGAUGGUUCUGUACGAUUGUAUAACGUGCCUGAAUCAGGUGCAUUGACUUACUAUAGGUCUCUUCCAAGAGUGAGCGGGCGGACUCUGAGCGUGACGUGGAGUAGUAAUGCCAAAUUUGUAUUUUCUGGCAGCAGUGAUGGUUUAAUCAGAUGCUGGGAUUCAACAUCUUUCCAUGAAAUGUAUCGUAUUACUGCUGGAUUGGGAGGGGCUGGUAGCUCACCUGACCUUUGCAUCUGGACACUAUUGUUUCUGAGGUGUGGAACUAUUGUUAGUGGAGAUAGUACAGGGAGUGUACAGUUUUGGGAUAGCCGCCAUGGAACACUUCUACAAGCUCACUCUUAUCAUAAAGGCGACGUGAAUGCACUAACAACUGUGCCCAGUGAGAACAGGGUAUUUUCUGCAGGGUCUGAUGGGCAGGUAAUUUUGUACAAAAUGUCAAAGGAUGAAUUUGAUGCUACUAAAAAUAUGGUCAAAGAGCAAGUUCACAAAUGGGUCUAUGUGGGAUAUGUGAGAGCUCACACUCAUGAUGUAAGGGCAUUGACCAUGGCUGUACCUAUCUGUAGAGAAGAUACAUUACCUGAGGAAAAGGCGGUGAAGAUUCGGCGGCGUGAAAAACAUGAAUUCAGUUAUCACAAAUGGGCUCAUCUUGGUGUUCCUAUGCUUAUAUCUGGUGGUGAUGACACCAAGCUGUUUGCAUAUUCGGCAAGAGAGUUUACUCAGUUUGCACCUCAUAAUUUCUGCCCUGCACCUCAACGCCCUUUGAUAAAGUUGGCUAGGGAUAGCACAGUCAAUGGAGAUUCUGUAAUGCUUGUCCAGUCUCCAAACUGGUUGGAUGUUUUACUUGUGACAGUUCAGAACAAGUUGAUGACUCCAAGUACAUCAUCAUCUACAGGAGAUGCUACAGUCCGACAACUUGCUCGUUUGAAAAGCAAGGGGUCCAGAAAAAUCAUUUCUAGUGCUGCCUCUGCCAAUGGAACGCUUUUGGCCUAUUCAGAUGGUGUGAGACCCUGCCUCUUUGCACUAAGGCACAAGGGUGGAAAGAAGUAUACCCUUGACAAAUUAGAGCUACCAAAAGGAUUGCCCUGUUCACAGAGUAUGCUGUUUACUGUUGACUCGUCCAAUUUGAUACUUGCUGGGCGUAAUGGAAAAAUAUACAUCAUUGACAUUGCAGCAAGAGAAAUUUCAAAUGUAUUUCACCCUACAAGAAAGGCAGAUGGAGCAAAAAUCUCAAGAGAAUCACCUGUAACAAAGAUGUUCCUAAGUGCAGAUGGGCAAUGGCUGGCUGCUGUUAACUGCUAUGGGGAUAUUUAUGUAUUUAACCUUGAGGUGCAAAGGCAACACUGGUUCGUAUCCCGAAUGAACGGUGGUUCUGUUACAUCUGGUGGUUUUUGCCCCAAGAACAACACACUUGUAGUAACUACAUCUAAAAACGAGGUUUAUGUAUUUGAUGUGGAAGCAAAACAACUAGGUGAAUGGUCCAAGCGAUAUACGCACCAGUUGCCCAGAAGUUUCCAGGAAUUUCCUGGAGAGGUCAUUGGCCUAUCAUUUCCUCCGCAAAGUUCAUCGUCAGUUGUUGUAUACAGUACCAGGGCUAUGUGCUACAUUGAUUUUGGAUUGCCAGUCGUUGAGGAUGUUGACUUGCUAAAUGGACCAGUUGGACCAGCAGAGAAGUCGGACGUAAAAAAGAGUACAAAAACAAGGCAGAAGCGCAAGGCCCAUCAUGAAGAGUCUAAACAAGAGAAAAGGAGCAACUUCAACUUCUUUGCGUUUAAAGAACCAGUGCUCUUUGUUGGGCACCUACUGGACAGUUCAAUUUUAAUUUUAGAGAAGCGAUGGAUGGAUGUCGUUGAAGGCUUCAGCGCACCGGUUCACAGACAUAUAUAUGGCACAUGA